CUUAGCCUUUAAGUCAAUCUAUUCCCUGUCAAAAAAGAAGAAAGAAAACCCAUGGAACAGGCUCAGUAUUGGAUGUGGAUGAGGAGGAGACAUGAGCUUUUGAAGUCCCAUUUUCAAGAGUCAAUGAACUCUUUAAGUGAUUCCUGGGAAGAAAAAGCUUUUGCCGAAGAUUCAGCAGGAUCUUUCGGGGGAUUUAUAUGGCCUCCUAGAUCAUAUUCUUGUAGUUUUUGCAGGAGAGAAUUCAGGUCAGCUCAAGCUCUAGGUGGUCACAUGAAUGUUCAUAGACGAGAUAGAGCUAGGCUUCAACAAUCUCUUAGUCCCAGCAAUGAAGUUGUUCCUCUUCAAAAUCACAACCACAAUCCUGAGCCUAAAUUCCCAUAUGAUCAGGCUUGCAGUUUUGAUCAUUCCACUGAUGAUCUUGACCAUAAUUCUACAAGCCCUAGUAUUGUUGCCUCAACUUUUUCAGCUUCUAGGGUGUUAGCUUUAUCUACUCAAGAAACUUUUAGUACUUCUUCCAUUGUUCAAGAACAGCAUAAAGGGCAGUUAUUUGGGUCAGAUUCUACUGCAAAAAGAACUCUCAUCAAUAUUGUUUCAUCAGAUUCAAAACCUGAGGCACAAAAGAGCAUCAAUCUGGUGGGGGAAGAUUCUAUGGGCCUAGGUUCUGAUGAUCAUGUUGAAACCAAUUUAUCUGUUGGGUUGAAUUCUGUCUUUUUCCAAAACCGACCAACUGUGACCUGUGGCGAGGAGGCAAUCAAUUACAAACGACCAAAGGUUGCUGUUUCAACACUGCCAUUCUUAGUUUCAAAAGAGAAAUACUCUCCUCUUCAAUGGCAGGUUCUUGGACUUAAGCCUGCAAACUCCAUGGAGGACUUGGAUCUUGAGCUCAGGCUUGGGGUUCUACCAAAGGUGAAGUAAUGGAUGGAUCAAAGUAUUGCAAGAGAAUGAUCUCAACUGAAGAUAUUGAUUGCUCUUAGAGAACUCACUUCUUUGAUAUUCACUGGAAAACAGGCCAAGGCAUAUAAUUGAGCAGAUAACGAAAAGCUUAUUUUCCAAUCAUGUUUCUUAUAU